AUGCUUCGUGCUGUACUGGCGGAAGUCGUCCCCGGAUAUGGAUAUACCCGAGCGCUCCAUGGAAUGGGCUUGCCGGGCCCGACCCAAGGGAAGUCGUUCGGGCUCCUUUGGCGUUGGCUUAACCUUCAACUCCCAGGGCCGCUGAAAAAAUGCGUAGGAAGGGCCGAAGGAGCCGACCGAGUCAAGGUGCCACUAUCGUCCUGCAGCGAAGAGCCCGACGACAGCCUUUCGGAGCCGCACGAAAAAUAAAUGUACAUAUUUUUUUUUGGUCUCUCCCGUGGGG